UUUUCAUAAAAACUUUACAAAUGUCUGACUACGAUUAUGACGAUGAAUACGAAGAUGAACAACAUGAGGAGGUUCGACAUAUUGAGGAUUUGGAACCAGUUGUUCUUUCACGCGGAAAACUUAUUCGUCUUGCUGAGAAGUCACCGGACAAGUUUGACGAUUUGGUUAGAAAGUGCUUUGUUCGAAUUUUGACUAAAACGGAUAAAGCAACUUUUCACUCAAUCUAUCGUAUUUUGGGCGUUGUUGACACUGAAGUUCCAAUUGGGAAGUCCAAAUAUUCAAAGCGUCUUAAGGUUGACAAUCGUUCAGAGAGAACCCUUGAAUGCAUUGCUUCAGAACCAAUAACGGAAGAUGAAUUCUAUGGCUGGAUGAAUAAUGCUCGCGAGAAAGAGGAAAUUAUUCCAACAAUUAGCUGGGUUAAACAUCGGGCUGCCGAAAUUCGUUCUGCGCUCUAUGGGUCAACUUCAAAUAGAAAAUCAAAAGGAAGGGAUGAUGACAUAGAGGAGGGAGAAAUUGGACCGAGCCGUAAGAAAACAAAGAAAUGA